AGUUUGUUUUGUUUAGCUGCUGCAGUAGUUAUGUUUGAAUGAGAGCGGCGCGUUCUAACACAUUAAUUUUAUACGCUAAAUUCUUAAAUGAAAACAUUAAAUAUAAAGUUAAAGAAAUAUAUAAAAAAAAAUCUCAAAAAGGAUAUAUAAAUAAUUAAUUAUUGCGUUCAGUUGAAAGUGAAUUAAACUACUUGUUUCAAAUAUUUAAAAAAAAAAAAAAUUUAUAUAUGAUAACAAAAGUGUUACACAGGAAUGCAUAAACAAAUAAAACAAGAAUAAAUAUUAAUGUAAAUCCAUAAGAAAAACUAUAUUAAAGGAGUAAUAUUUUAAGAAAAAUAUAUUCUAAAAAUAAAAGGAAGCAAUUUUUAAUAUUUGAAUUCUGGCUGCACCAAUGGCGUCUUCCGCCUUAACUAGAACUACUACUAUCAACUCAGGAUUAAAUAUAAAUUAAGUGCAUUUGUAUUGAGAAAAUGUGUAAUGUUCAGCAGCAGCUUCAACGUUUAAAUCACUCAAGAGUGUAGAGUGCCACAAAAUAAACAGUGAAAUAUACAAAUAUUUACGUCAAAAAGAAAUAUUUAACUUAAUUAAGCUAACUAAAAAUUCAACGAAGGAGCAGAGUCAAGAGAAUAGAGUGUUGUAUACGUGCAUUUUUGUAGCCUGUUAAAAUGGCUACUUCUCCCACCCCUUCUCUGGACUCUAUCCGAGGCAGUAACUCUAUUGAAUCAUACGUCGAUCACAACGGCUAUUUGUCUGACUCACCACUCACAUUAAGCGGUUCAUCGCCACCAGCAAGUGACUCGGCCAUUUGUGACGAAUUUAGUAACGGCAGUAACGUUAAUAAUAAGCAUCAUCCAAUAUCGGCUUCAGUAUCUUCGUCGUCAUCAGCAUCCUCUUCAUCGUCAAGUAGUGGAUUAAGUGGUUGCGGCAGUACUAGUAGUGCUGUUAGUUCCAGUAGUGGAAGCAGUAACAGCAGUGGUGUUAGCGGCAGCAUUGGCAAGACAAAUAUAGGUCCUGGUGUUAUAGGCAGUAAUUUAACCGGCAGCGGUAAGGGUAGUCCUUGUAACGGCUUGUUGACAAACAGUAUUACAACAACAAAUGGUACGAACAUACCACGUUGCACAGCUUGCAAAAGUAAGCAAUCAGACGCUGUGGCUAAAUGCUAUGAGUGUUCCAGUUACCUUUGUGCUAAUUGUGUUACGGCACAUGAAUUUAUGAACUGCUUCAAUGGUCAUAAUGUGUGCUUCAUAAAGAACUUUGAAGUCGCAUCAAACCAAACUGGAGUUAAUAGUACAAGCUUAGGAGUUGCGCCCAAUUCGCAACAAAUUCCUUCUGACUUCAAGUAUUCAAGUUCAUUGACUAUGAUGUUGCAGCAACAACAACAACAGCAGCAGCAGCAGCAGCAGCAACAGCAACAAUUGGCACCAGUGCAACAACAGCAACAGCAACUGGCACCAGUGCAACAGUCGCAACAACAGCAACAACAGGUAAAUUCUCAACCAAUACAAAAGCAGUUGCAGCAACAGCAACAACAACAACAACAGCAGCCACAACAACAACAACCAUUGUCACAACUCACAAAAAUUGUACUCAAUUCGCAUGCAGCAUCGAAUGUCUCCUCGUUGUUCAAUAAUGGAACAACAAACAGCACCUCGCUCGAAAAUGACGGCUCAAUUGAUCGAAACGAAGACUUUUUAGCUAAUCUUUUACCACCGUUACGCUCCCAAAUGUUUUGCAAUCGCCAUAAGCAUGAGCUUCUGAAGUUCUCUUGUCGUACUUGUUGUACGUUAGUUUGUAAGGAUUGCGUUGUUUUGGAACAUUCGAUUGGUUUACAUGAAAUUGAAUUAAUACAGGAUCAAAAUUGCUCAACAGUGGGUAUAAAUAAUGGCACAAACUCACCUGAGUCGGUAAUUCAAACUGUUGCAGCAGAAAUGCGCGGUAAAGCUGGUGAAAUUGUUUCUUUAAUAAGUAACUGGGACAGCAAUAUUGGCAAAAUUAAGAUCGAAUAUCAAAAAGCCCACAACGAUGUGAAUGAGACUUAUCAAUUUUUCCGUUCUAUGCUUGAUGAGCGCAAGCAAGAAGUUUUAAAGGAAAUUGAAACUCACUACAAUGCUAAGAUAAGUGCAUCAAGUGUUUGGUUAGAACGUUCAAAGGAUGUGGUUGAGAAAACCAUGCAAAUGUGUGACACUAUAGAUCGUACUUCUAAAGUUGGAAACGCUGCUGACAUGGUUAUUUUGCGCAAAACACUUGAUUUACAGCUACAUGCCGGCCUUCAAGACGUACAGUUACCCUUUGAAUUAGAAUUUAUGUCUAAUUAUCAGUCAAUACAGACUGGUGUACGCAAUAUAUUUGGUUAUAUAAGGGCCACGAAUACAGAUGUGAAUAAUUAUGGUAGUAUACAAAAACAACCACCAAUUGCACGACCGACACAAAGUUCAUCGAAUAGCAGCAGCAAUAGCAGUACUGCGGGAUCACAUUUACCAGCUGGAUUAGGUUUAGCAGUCAAUUUACUAGAUAAUUAUAAUUCUGUAUGUACCGGCAGUGGCAAUUUUAUAUCCCGCUGCAUGAAUACACCACACUUAUCCGGAAGUGGUGGAAAUACUAGCAGUGUAUUUGAAGAUCUUCUGCCCAAACGGUACCAGAACUCGAAUACUUCGGCAGUUAGCCCUUUUGUCGGUGUAUCAGGUAAUCCCUAUGAGAAGUGGAGCAAUGGUGGUAAUGACAACCUGUUUAAUAGCAGCGAUCCAUUCUCAAGUGCUCAACUGCUCAAUUCUUUGACUAGCGCAGGUGUCGGUAGUAACAGUGCAUUAAGUUUAACAAAUGGUAGUGCAUCUUCUGAUGCGCUUUUGGACUUGACAUCAAAAUUACUUUCAUCUUCUAUUUACCCACCAAAAUCUCAAAUUAAACGUCAGAAAAUGAUUUACCACUGUAAAUUUGGCGAAUUUGGAGCUAUGCAGGGGCAAUUCACAGAACCCAGUGGUGUUGCUGUCAAUGCACAAAACGAUAUCAUCGUUGCAGAUACAAACAAUCAUAGAAUACAGAUAUUCGAUAAAGAGGGUCAUUUCAAAUUUCAAUUUGGUGAGUGCGGCAAACGUGACUCUCAACUACUUUACCCAAAUCGUGUGGCUGUAGUGCGCUCUUCUGGUGAUAUUAUUGUUACCGAACGAUCACCUACACACCAGAUACAAAUCUAUAAUCAUUACGGACAGUUUGUGCGCAAAUUUGGCGCUAAUAUAUUACAACAUCCACGCGGUGUUACGGUUGAUAAUAAGGGACGUAUUAUCGUUGUAGAAUGCAAGGUGAUGCGUGUCAUUAUAUUUGAUCAAAAUGGCAAUGUAUUGCAUAAAUUUGGUUGCAGUAAACAUCUUGAGUUUCCCAAUGGUGUCGUUGUGAAUGACAAACAAGAAAUCUUUAUUAGUGACAAUCGUGCUCAUUGUGUUAAAGUUUUUAACUAUGAAGGACAAUAUCUACGUCAAAUUGGUGGCGAAGGUGUAACCAAUUAUCCCAUUGGUGUAGGUAUCAAUUCAAACGGCGAAAUCUUAAUUGCCGACAAUCACAACAACUUCAACUUGACUAUUUUCACUCAAGAAGGACAAUUGGUAUCAGCAUUGGAAUCGAAAGUAAAGCAUGCACAAUGUUUUGAUGUAGCCCUAAUGGAUGAUGGCAGUGUGGUACUAGCUAGCAAGGAUUAUCGUUUGUAUAUAUAUAGGUAUGUGCAGACGCCAGCUACGGUGUGCUUGUAAAGUAAUCAAACUGCAUCACAUCAAACAUAUAAUUAAAAACGAAAACUUACAGUUUUAUUAUUUUUAUUGUUAAAAAAACGUAUGUUUAUUUGUU